AAAAUGUGUGAAAAUUGAAUAAAAGGUUAAUAAAACAAUGAAUGCAAAAUGGAUCCAUGCAGGAGACUAUCUAAGUGAGAUUGGCGGCUCUUGCAUGAUCGGAGGAGGAGGACAAUCAGCGAAAUAAGCGAAGACAACUUUGAUUAUGCCCAUAUCUGCAGGAAAGAAUCCAGGACGGUCGUUGUCUGUACAUUUGAGUAUUAUAAAUCAUAUAAUAUGUGUUCAUUUAUAUAAACCCAGGAAACGAUACCCUUUGCAUAAGUAUUCCGCAGUUUUAAAAUAUGACAGAGAAUUUGCAUAUGGCUGGGAAUAACAUCUGCAGACUUCUUUGAUUGGUGGAGCAGCAAGGCCGUGCCAAGGAAUAUGUGCGCCCGUUGAAAAGUUGUAAAACUGCGACUCCAAGCACCCUUCCUAUUCAACAGGAAAAAAACUUAAAACAUUUUGUUAAAAGCCCAGACGGUUUUCUGGCGUUCAAAUAAGUUAAUAAAACAGUGAAUAAGAAAUGAAUCGAAGCAAGAAAAUACUUAUAGUAGGAUGUGUGGCUCUUUUAAUAGCGCAAGAGGAGGAAAAUCAACGUAGAAUGCGCCGACAACAUUGGGUAAACCAAUAUCUGAAGGAAAGAAAUAAGAAGACUCGAUUCUAUAUGGACUUUGAAAAUAUGACGCAAAGGCCAUCGGUUUUCCAUGAGAAUUUUCAUGUGUCUGAGAAGAACUUCUGCACCCUUUUUGGAUUGGUGGAGCAGUACUUGGUCCCCAAACGGAACACUCGCCCAGACGCAAUACCAAUACAUGCCAAGUUGGCCAUUGUUCUAGAAUUUCUUGCUUCCGGUGACUUGCAGCGCCACGUUUGCAGCGCAUAUCGUAUUAGCAAACAACAUUUUGGAGUUGCUAUGCAUUGCUCUGUUAAAUGAAUUUCCCAAAUGGAACGCAGAAGACAUUCUGCAGUAGGCGAAGGGGUUCGAAGAAGAGUGGAACUUUCCCAACUGCUUUGGAGCGGUUGACGGAAAGCAUGAUGCGACAAAAGCACCACCAAAUAGCGGGAACUGCUUUUAUAAUUACAAAGGCUUCCACUCGAUUGUGCUCAUGGCGAUCUGCGACGCCAAGUAUAGGUUCACCGAUAUACAUAGAUGUUGGAGCGUAUGGAAGUGAGGGAGACAUGAAUGCCUUUUCAAAUUGUUCGUUUGGAAAAGCGCUUUUGUCGGAAACGGUGCAAUUUCCCGAAGACAAUAUGAUAAACGGAGAGAGAACCGCGUACUUCAUUGUAGGGGACGAUGCAUUCCCGCUGGCUAAACGGAUUAUGAAGCCUUUUGGAUCCCGACACCUGGCUGUGGACGAACGCAUUUUCAAUUAUAGAUUGAGCCGGGCUAGACGUUGUAUUGAGAAUGCGUUCGGCAUUCUUUGCGCCAGGUGGAUGGGUGUGCAACGGACUCUAUUAAGCCGACCCGAUAAGUCUCAAAAAGUUGUUGCUGCUUGCUGUUCGUUGCACAACUUCUUAAUGCGCACGAGUCCCAAUACGUAUAACAUAAAUCCAGAUUCGUUCAUACAGACUCACACUGUAUUGACCGAUCUCCACCCCUGUUGCCGCGGUCGCCCUCAGGACUAUUGCAAGGCCAUUAGAAACAACUUAAAACUGUUUUUUAACAGCCCAGCAUGUGUCUUGGCAAAAUGAAGCAGCUGGCGUUCAAAAUAAUUCAACAAAUAAAAAUUGCAUAAUAAAUCUAUAUA